AUGGUUCAGAAAAAAUGGGUAACCGGUUCGGCCGCGAAAAGGAAAUCUACUAGAAAUCUAAAGGAGCCAGACCCCGAAAUUGAUGGCCGUAAUGCUGCAGCUGAGGAUAUCGAAGAGGAACCACAGACGAAGAACCCGCAGCCUUCACCCCGCAAAAAGGCGAAAACUGAGAAAUCAUCUCAGAUAGAGGAAAAUUCCACAAAGGAAGAGCAUAUGCAUGAUGUCGAGACGUCUGUGCAGCCUGCGACAAGUAGCGACUAUGCAAAUCAAGAAGGCGAUAUCGCUGGAAAUCCACAAGGCUCGCCUCGAUCCAAACGAGAGCUUCAUUUAUCUUCUCAAGAAGCUAAGGGUAAAGAGCCGACGGAUACAGAUAUGGAAGCUGAAAGUUCUCUCGCCGAAGUUUCCCAGCAAUUGGAGGACGUGGAUAUUCAAACACCAAGGAAGCAGAAGAAUUCAGAGCCGACACCAGUCACAAGAGCUAUCAGGUCCACAAGAUCAACAAGAUCUAAAAAAAAUGAGCCAGGAGAUACUGACAUGGUCGACGAAUUGGCAAAUGUUACUGCACCAGAACAACCUCGGAGAUCAGGCAGAGCUCGAAAGGCAAAGCCGGAAUACGACGAAGAUAAAUACCUAGACACGGCUGAAAAACAACUAGAACAACCAUUACCAAAGAUUAAAACCCCAGGAAAGGCUCCCAAGGGUGGUGUCUGGAGUGCCAAUCAUCUUCUUACUAGCAGAAGAAGUAAAAUCAUCACUGCAGAAUGCAAUAUGAUAUUCAACGAGAACACGUGGGGCCUCUUUACUGAAGAAGAGAAAACUGAGCUUUUAGCUCUGCUUCAUCCAAUUGACACGGAAAUCACAUUUCCUGAUCAAGACCCUUCUUUACCUCCACCUCGGAUCCCAACUCCGGAGCUCUUUCAAAACCUCAACAAUGAUGCCUUUCGCGCGGCCUUUGCUGAACUGCAAGAGGAUCUUGAAUCAGGGUCUUACGAACCAGCUUACAUAAGGAAGGCAGAAGAAGCACUAAAUCUUAGAUUAGGCUCAAUGGCAGAUAAAGUUGACGAUAUGAAAAACAAUGAGUUCGAACAGUACUGGGGUCAAAAGCAAGCAGUGUUUUUUGGAGACGCAGGACAAUCAGCAGGAGUUACCUUGUACGAACUCUGCCAACAAAAGAUGCUAAGACCGGGUGAUCUGUUUGAAUAUAAACGGAGUUUUCAGGGAGGAAUAGUAGUGGAGAAGGUUUGUGAGUUCGACAGUGUAGAACUCGCCGAGGCAAGCCUAGGGGUGAAGAAGAAGAGGGAUGCUUGCACUAUGACAUUUCGAUAUCCAGCCGGGACAAAGAAGUUUUUAGUACAUAAGGGAAAGGGUGAUCCAGGUGAAGGGACUUCAGCAAAAGCAGCAGAAGAAACUGAGAAAGAUAUUACGAUCCAAGUCAAUAAUCUUGCACAGCUCGAGGUUGCAAUCUUGGAUGAGGAUGGGACGGUCAAAGCAUCCGACCCCGAGAAAUAUGCGAAUCAAUACCCUAAUGGAAACGCCUGGAAGCAGUUUACGGUAAGGAGGAAUGACGAAUUUCUUGGAAGUGUUUUUACAAUUCGUCAAGUAUACUAUGAAAAAAAGGCGGCCCGGGAUGCAGCUUGA